ACAAAUAUCUUCUUUUUUGGUCAAAACUCAAAAGCAAAGAUCUUUGUAUCUAAUAAGUAUAUGUUGUUUGACAAAAAAAAGUUAAGUAUAUGUUAAGUUAGCUGAGCAGAAAAUUAAAAAAAAAUGUGGUUUCUAUAGGUUACAUUUAUUGCAGCAUCAAUACAUGCCAAGUUAAGAUUUGACUAUACAACAAAUGUUGUUGAAGAAUUAUACGUUUUUUACUAGCUUUAAAAAAAAAUUAAAUUACCGAAAUUAAAUUUUUACAUGUAAACUUUUUGGCCGUUACAACUAGCUUGUAUUAUCUUUUUCUUCUUAAAUUAGAAAAUAAGAUAGCCACCACUUACCAGAGAGAGGCAUCUUUAAUAGAAGGAAACAAGAGAAGUUCUCUGUAUCUAGAGAGAGAAAGAUGGGUGUAGUCGAGGAAGCUCACAACGUGAAGGUGAUUGGCACAGGAACUCAAGCAACGAUCGUAUUAGGUCACGGGUUCGGCACGGACCAGUCAGUAUGGAAACACCUGGUCCCACAUCUGCUCGAAGAUUACCGCAUCGUUCUCUACGACAACAUGGGAGCCGGUACGACUAACCCAGACUACUUUGACUUCGAUCGUUACUCAACUCUCCAAGGUUACUCCUUUGAUUUGAUCGCAAUCUUGGAAGAUCUUCACAUUGAGUCUUGUAUCUUUGUUGGUCACUCUGUUUCUGCCAUGGUUAGUCUCUUGGCUUCUCUUAACCGACCUGAUCUCUUCUCCAAAAUCGUCAUGAUCUCUGCUUCCCCAAGGUACGUGAACGAUGUUGAUUACCAAGGUGGAUUCGAGCAAGACGACUUAAACCAACUCUUCGAAGCAAUGGGAAGCAACUACAAAGCGUGGUGUUUAGGUUUCGCACCACUCGCGGUCGGCGGCGACAUGGACUCAGUCGCGGUUCAAGAAUUCAGCAGAACACUCUUCAACAUGCGUCCAGACAUAGCUCUAUCUGUGGCUCAGACCAUUUUCCAAAGCGACAUGAGACAGAUCUUACCUUUUGUAGCUGUCCCUUGUCACAUCCUCCAAAGCGUCAAGGACUUAGCCGUACCAGUCGCAGUCUCUGAGUAUCUUCACACCAAUCUUGGAUGUGAAUCUGUUGUUGAGGUUAUACCUUCAGAUGGUCAUCUCCCUCAGCUUAGCUCGCCGGACUCUGUUAUUCCUGUGCUCCUCCGUCACAUUCGUAAUGACAUCGCUGUCUGAUUGGUGGGGAAGUGAUUUUAAAUUAAUUAAUGGAAAAUUAAUAUCUGAUGUGAUAUGUCUGUCUAUUGAGAAUAUAUUGUCUCGGUGUCGUUUAGUUCUUGGAUUAUAUUUGCUCGUUGUUGUUGUUCUUAUCUUUGUUUAACGAAAAGUCUUUUGUCUUUUGUGUCCAGCUUUGCUCGACCUCACUAUCGCUGUUCUCAUAUAAUGUCCAUGUAAUACUGAUCUUCGUAAUCGACGGUCCACUAGUGAAUUAUUUCAAGUGUAGUGCUA